GUUAUUCAUCUGCACACUUCGGUCAAGUCGAGUUCAACUUUACUGCAUCCCAAGGCGAUCCACACUGCACCACAAUAUGGCUUUUAACGUCCUCUUCGCUACCGCGGUCCUAUGUCUGACAGCACUGUCCCUUUCCGUCUCGGGAGAAAUUAUACCAAUUGACGAGCCUUGUCUGGGAUGCCUUUGCGAAGCCAACGGCGAGUGUUCGCCCCAUAUGAAGUGCUCCGGAGAGGUGUGCGGUAUGUUCGGUAUAACGUAUGCGUAUUGGGCUGAUUCGGGAAGACCGGUUAUAGCAGGAAGUAAACCAACCGACUCGGACGCGUACCCGAAAUGUGCCAACGACCCUAAAUGCGCCAAAGAGUCAGUAAUAGGUUACAUGAAUAGAUACGCACAGGACUGCAACCACGACAGGGUCGUCGAUUGCUCUGAUUACGCGGCCAUCCACAAGCUGGGAGGUUUCGGAUGCAAAGGACACCUACCCCAGGAUUACAAAAUGCGAUUUAAGACUUGCCAACUCAGUCUUAAAGAACUAUCGGGAUAAACCAGGGCGCCACGAUGCUAUUAUGACUGCUGCCCGACAAUCCAUGGUCCAGACCUUGUCAUAUUAUGCUCAACGACGAGAACCUGAACUGCUGCAGUGAUGGGACGAAACCCCGCCUAUACCUUACUUAAAACACUAUCUACAAUUUUCUUGUAAAACGUACCUAUUUAUCUAUAUCGCUAUUAUAAUAAUAGUAGAAUUGUAUGUUUUUAAAAAUAAUAAAAACCUAAUUUAAUAAUUA